AUAUCAACCACCUUUUCUGUUCACUGCCUUUGUCUCUGCUUAGACCUUUACGCUACCUCUCACAUUUAUGCUCUUCGCCUAAACUGCUUUACUGCCUUCACUGCUAGCCAGGGGCAUUGGCAUUGGCAUUCGGCUGGGUCCGAUUUCCACAUCACCAGCAUCUGAACUGGCCGUCUCUGUUCUGCUUUCCUAAAGAUCUAAGGUUCUGGUAAGAAGAGAGUCAAACAGCCGUUCCCUUUGCAAGGCUAGUCGGCAAGCUACGCUAUGGAAGCCUCGCACGAGAAGACUGCCUUCGGUGCAACGAUUGUCCCACAAACGGAACGCCAGGAUGAAGCUCUGAUUCCACCACCCACCCUCGACUCACCAGCUCUUACCCCUGCUGUGUCCCGGGACGACGUCAGUGCGGACUACCACAACGACGCCAUUCCACCGCACUCACCCUUCUAUCACCAUGCAGAAAGCAAACAAUACAGCAGAGAUAACGUCGCCAUCUUCGAGAAGGAUCUCGAGAGCGGUAAUGCCACUCCCUUGACCGCCAAAGACGAAGAAAACCCGUUUGCGAGCAAGCUUAGCGUGGACUGCAACAAAGAAUGCAGCAUGUGGCCGUCAAGGCAGACCCUUAUGCGACAGAAGACGGCGGAGAAGCAGAAGCAACGGGCUCAGCGAGGCUGUGCUGGCUGUGGUAUGUUGAAGGACAGAUGGACCAUGAUGAGCAAAAGGAAUCAGCUUCUAUGCAAACUGGUCAUUGCUCUGUUCAUUGUUGGCGCCAUUGUGGGUGUAUGCGUUGGCAUCAGUAUAGCAGUCCACGGCACCUACUACUCUGGCGAACAACAUCAGCAGCAAGUCGGUGCACAUCGAUAGUCAUGCCCAACAACAACACCAAGAAUAGCACUUACGGUUGUGUGCGUGCUACCAGUAACACCAAUAUAG